UAUUAUUUCUUGUAAUGGUUUUUAAUUUUAUUAGGUAUGUAGUUAUAAUGGCUCAUUUGAAUGGUAUUAUACUAAUACAUGCUUUGAAUCACCUUCAAUUAAUCUCAUAACAAAUAACACGAUGAUUUCUGUUCAUCAGUAAUGUCUCGAAGUCAGGAUGUACUAGGCAUUUUAAAAGCUUUCCAACUAAUAGCAGAGGCGGGCAUUGAGUUACAGAAGCGCAAUUCGAAAGUUAUAUGGCAAAAUUCCAGUUUUCGUUCAUUGUUGGAAGAAUGCAUAAAAGGUGAAAAUUUAAAAAAAAAUCCUGAUCUCAAUUUAAAAAAAAUAUCAGAGUCGACCUAUGAAGGUGUAGACAGACUUUGUGCAGUCGCACAUGGCAUUAAGGUUUAUUCCACUUUGGAUAUUGCACAAACUGACAGGAAAAGUAGUAGUUCUGAAAAAUUGGAAAAUAUCAACACAACUAAAGCAUAUGUUCCUAAAAGUACAAUAAAUAAUACAAUUGGUAUCAAUUUGGAUAUCAAGUUAAGUGAAAGUGAAAAAGAAUUACUGAGAAAAUUGGAUAUGGAGCACAGAGCAAAAUUGGUGCGCGAGAAAGACAGAGAUGAUCUGGAUGAUGCUGAGUUACAGUCAAUAAGUGAACAACAAAAAGUCACUGCCUCCCCUAAUCCAAAGUCAAAAUUAAAGCUGUCAGAAAACGCCAAGCAAAGAAAAGUUCCAUCCUCAAGGAUUGGGAGAAUGGUCUCAUUUGGUACUUUGGCUGCUGGGUUAGGGCUUGGUACUGCUAGUGAAUAUGCCAAAAGAACUUUGGGAAUUUCCCAAACAGAUGAUCCUGCCACCCUAUUUUUAACCAAAGCGAAUUUGGAGAGAAUUGUUGAUACUUUAUGCAAAGUUAGAGGUGCUGCAUUGAAACUAGGUCAGAUACUAAGUAUCCAGGAUGAUUCAGUGGUACAUCCGGAGUUGGCGAAAGCACUGGAACGUGUUAGAAAAUCAGCAGAUUUUAUGCCAGAUUGGCAGGUUGAGCAGGUGAUGAGUGGCGAACUCGGUCCGAACUGGCGUGAGAGUUUCGCUGAAUUCGAUAACCGCCCCUUUGCUGCCGCCUCAAUUGGUCAAGUACAUUGGGGAAAGACCAAGGAUGGUCAAGAGGUGGCUGUAAAGAUACAAUACCCUGGAGUGGCAAAAGGAAUUGAGAGCGAUAUUGAGAACUUGGCAACAAUCAUGAAAAUGUGGAAUGUAUUUCCAAAGGGGAUGUUUUUGGAAAACUUGAUGGCCGUGGCUAAGAGGGAACUUGCUUGGGAAGUCGAUUAUGUGAGGGAGGCCGAAUGCACAAAGAAGUUCCAAGGGAUUUUGAAACCCUUCCACGAAUAUCGUGUGCCGAAUGUAAUAGAUCAAUUGUCCACCAAGCAAGUUUUUACAACAGAACUUAUGGACGGCGUACCAGUAGAUCAGUGUUUCGACAUGGAACUCGAACAUCGUGAAUUCAUUGGAAAUAAAAUAAUGGAGCUCUGUUUAAGAGAAAUUAUGCAAUUUAGAUACAUGCAAACUGACCCAAACUGGGCAAAUUUCUUAUACAAUCCGACCAAAAAACAAAUAUUGCUAUUGGAUUUUGGUGCUAGCAGAGAGUACUCCAAAGAGUUUAUGGACAAAUACGUGCAAAUAUUGAAAGCUGCGUGCGACGGAGAUCACAAUGCUGUCUUAAAUGUUUCCAGGGAGCUGGGAUUCCUAACUGGAUAUGAAAGUCCUAUCAUGGAAACAGCCCACGUAGACGCAGUAAUGAUAUUAGGCGAGGUGUUUAGAUGUCCGGGAAAGUAUGACUUUGCGAACCAGGAUAUGACCGCUCGAAUAACGACUUUGAGUCAGACUAUGUUGAAUCAUAGAUUAUGUCCACCACCAGAAGAAGUAUAUUCUUUACACAGAAAACUCUCAGGGGUGUUUUUGUUGUGUACUAAAUUACAAAUUCAAAUUGAGUGCAAGUCAAUAUUUUUGAAGUUGUAUGACAACUAUGUGAAUACUAUUCAAUAAGUUUUUAACUAAUGGAUUUUAACUAUAUUUAUAUACGUUGUUAAUAAAACUAAUAUUGUUAAUGA